AGGAGCGAGAGAGUGAGUGAGUGAGUGAGUGAGAGAGAGCGCGCGAGAGAGAGCGAGUCGGAGGGGAGAUGCUGGAGAGCUCUGACCCCUUCAGUCCUCCCGCGCGGGGUUGAGCGGGUCUCACUUGAACUCCACCUAUCACUCAAGAAGCGCCGCACCAGGAGCGAGGAGACGCAGAGACACCAAGAAAGGGAGGCGGGCGCGGGAAGCAGGGAUAACACGCACCCGGGAGAAGCGGGGACGAAGGAGGAUUACCGUUCUUUGUCGAGGUGCGGAGGGGAGUUGACGGCGCACCGGCACUUCCUGCGAUGAGGACGAGGUGAAGCGCGGAGAGGAGGAGGGACGCGGAGGGGCGAGAGAGCCGGGGACUUCUGGAAUGAGACGUGGCAGGGGACGCUCGUGGCCCCUCAGCGCCACCUGCUCUCACUUCGUCGCCCGGAGGAGGGGGCCCCUGAGCUGAGGGGGUGGUCAGAGGGAGGAGGGGCCGAGCGCAGGGGGACGUUGCUAAGAGACGGGGUCGGAGGGAGGAGCCGCGGGUGUAGCUCCGCCUUCCUGGGGAAAAAGCUGCUGGCUCCGGCGAGCUGUGCGUUGGACAUUCCACGGGACGCGCUGACCCACGCACCUGAGCUUGAACUUUGACCCCUGGUGCUCUCCCGCUCCACGCUUACCAACCUGCUUCCUUGGACAGUGGCUUCCACCAGCGUGGACAGAGGUCAUGCGUCACAUGGGGCGGGCGCGUGAUUGAUUCGUUCGCGAAACAUCGGAAAGCCUUUAACCGUUAGCCAGCCAGACUGCACUGUGAGAGAGGCUCUGUGGGAGCAUCUCCAAACCCAAAGGCCCAGUCCACUCCGGGAGGCGCAUGGGGCCCCAUCUCAGGACUUUGCCGAAGGAAGCAUGCCCCACACCUCCCACCCCCUGCCCCCCUCUCUGCUCUGUUUCCCUCUGCUCCUCCCGGCUUUGACGGGACCCUGCAGACACACGGACACGCAGACAGACAGACACAGACACACGCGGGGUUGCCAUGUGACCUAAAGUCUUUAGUCGUCCACUGGACUCUUCAACCAGGCCUGUCGGGUCAGUCUGAGCGCGCUCGGUCUCAGCACUGUGCAUUGUGGGUGCAGCACUCUUUCACCACAAUAAUAACAAACCUAAUACUGAGCAAGAGAACCUAACAAGCUGUAUCCCACAUCCUAUCACAAACAAAACAGGAGGAAUAAGAGUUUUAUGAACUGAUUUUACAAGUCUCUUCAUUGCCAUAGCUGUUAAAUUCACGCACACAGGUGAAUAUAAAAAUUCAUACGCUUAAAAGAAACUGAAAGGCCUUCUGGUUCUGCUGCUGGGACUAAAAAAACAGCUUCGACACCACGAUCCGAGUGUUUCAAUCUUCCGAGCACCGCUAGCGAAGGCUGUGUGUUUUUCGGCGUGGGAGGGAGAGACUGGCGAUAUGGUCAGCAAGGAGCCCAACCACCUCCCAAGUGCCAACAGCUGCAGCAACAGCAACUCUGACAAGACGGUGACGGUGCGCUCUGUGCUGCUUAACCGCGACUCCCCGGACAUCGAGACCCGCCUCAAGCGCCGGCGCAACCGCACCCAGCAGGUGCGCUUCAAGGACCUGGACGAUGGGGGCUGCAGUCAGGAGGGCGGGCGGCGGCGGUCGGGGGCGGAGCAGGGAAGCCCCCACCCCAACCGCAAGAGCCCCUUGCCCGCCGCUGACGGCCGUAGGGGGUCGGCGGGCGAGAGGGAGGCGGCGAAGGAGAUGACUGCCAACGGGGGCUCGGUGGUGGGGGCGGUGCGGGGAGACAUGGAGGGGACUAUCGGGGCCGUGGCUGCCAUUUUGGCCCGGGCACCCCCUCACCCGCUGACCCCCGCGCCCAUGCGUCGGGCCUGGGCCCCUCCCCGCCCGUGCUCCCUCACUCUUCCCAACCCCCGCCGGCCUUGCAUGAGCACGGCCAUCCAGACCUCUCCCAGCCUCCAAAAGCCCCUGCCCCUUUCCGUUGCUCGAACCCGCAGCCAUAGCCUGGGGGACUUUGGUGGGGUGGAGGGGCAUGAGGAAGGCGAGGAAGGGGAAACUCAGGAUGGGAUUUGCCCCCAGAACCACGUUUUAACCCCCGCUAAUGCUCAGGACUGCUCCAACAACCCCUGCAGCUGCCAAUCAAAUUUUUCUCCGCGGCGCCCUCUGCAGGAUGGGUUUCAGUGCCUGGGACCAAGGGCUGAUGUCACUGUCUCUCCCCCGUUAGUUGCAAACUCGAGACAUGGCACUCCCGCCCCCAAUCAUGGCUUACGACAGCAAGGGGUGGAGCCUCCGCCCUGCCCACCCACCUCUCCUGUGAUGAACUCCAAUGGGCCCCCUUGCGCCACCCCGCCCCAGAGCAGAAAGAAGCGCUUGGGCCGAGCAGUGAGUGACCCGGGAAAAACUGUGCUGCCCCCCACCUCUGCCCCGCCCUCUGCUUUGGCCCCUAAAUCUCUGCCACGCUGCACCUCACCCCCUAAAUCUAUGCCGUCCUGUGUCUUGACCCCUCAAACUGUGCCACCCGGUGCUUCGGCCCCCAAAUCUGUGCAACCGUGCACUUAUCCCCCUGAAACUGUGUCACAUCGUGUGUCUGCUCCUCAGAGUGUGCCAUCUUCCACCAUGCCCCCCCAAAAUGUGCCACCUUGUGUCUCUCCCCUUCAAACUGUCCCAUCUUGUGCUUUGGCCCCUAAAUCAGUGCAGCCGUGCACUUUGCCCCCUCAAACUGUGUCACAUCGCAUCUCUACCCCUCAAACUGUGCCAUCCUCCUCCAUACCCCCUCAAGCUAUACCACCUUGUGUCUCUCCCCCUCAAACAGGGCUACCCUGUACUUUGCCCCCUCAAACUGUGCCAGCUUGUGUCUCUCCCCCUCAAACAGGGCUACCCUGUACUUUGCCCCCUCAAACUGUGCCAGCUUGUGUCUCCCCCCCUCAAACUGGGUUACCCUGUACAUUUCCCCCUCAAAUCGUGCCCCCUAAAACUGUUCCACUCUCUGCCUCACCCCCUCAAACUGUGUUACCUUGUUCUUCGCCCCCUCAAAAUGCGCUGCCCUCUUUGCACCCCCAAACCGUGCCGCCUUGCACCUCCCCGCCUCAGGCCCCCCGCACCACUCAGGACACCUGGAGGGUGGGAGAGAGAGAGAGGAGAGACAGGAGAGAGUCGCCACUCCCUCCCCCACCACCACCUCCACCCCCAUACACUCCCCGCAGAGAGGGCUGCUGCACCUCGGGACCCACCCCCAGGACAGAGCCACCGACAAGGGGGGGCGGAGGCGAGCGAGAAACAGCAAGAAAGGGGUCGACACCCUCCAAUGAUGCGUCCCACACUCACCCCCGCCGGGCGGGAACUCCCAGUUUCACCCAGAGACAGGACCUCAGCUCCCCUCCCGCCCAACCUGGCCCACAGCCUCAUAACUUCGUCCAGCCUCCCCCCGGGGCCCAGCACACCAUUUUCUGCACCGAGCCCCAAGCCAACACCCCCAACAACCCGCACGAGGAGCCCCUGGGCCAGCGCCCACCUCCAGGCUCCUGGGACCUGCACCUGGGCAGGACUACGGACGCCACGCUGACCCCGGGUCAGGCGGAGACGCUGAAGCAGGUGCAGGAGCUGCUGGGAGGGCUGGUCUCGGGGGCCCGCGGAAAGCUGGAGCUGGCCAAGGCCCGGGAGAAGCUGCUGGGCCCUCAGGGGCCCCUCCACGACAUCGGGACCCUGCAGUCGCAGCUGCAGAGCUUGGAGGGGGUGCUGGAGACCAGCCAGAACACCAUCAAGGUACUGCUGGACGUGAUCCAGGACCUGGAGAAGAAGGAGGCGGAGAGAGACGGGAGGCACUCUUACAGGACAGGUCAGGACAUUGAGAACUGUGGCACCUGUAGAGACUGCGCGUGUAUCAUCUACAGUGUGGAACACGACUUCAGGCUCCAGGAGGGACAGUUCACCCGCGCCUGGAGGAUCACCGAGGCCUCUGACUCGGACCACAGCUCCCCCCAGACGGCAGGGCCCACGCCGCCCCCGGCCCCACGCCGCGAGGACUCACCCCUGCCUGCUCGACCCCACCACGCUGCCAAGAAGAGCAGGAGGAAGUGCUUCUGGUUCUUGUGAACCCCGCCCCAUCCCGCCCACAGCCCUGGUGUCUGCCGCUGGUAAGGCGGCAGGGGGGGACGGGGGCGGGGUUAGAAGGACACAGCCAUUAGCGCUCACGCCCUCUGCGGGACUGUGAGUGACUGCCAUACCCAGAGGAACGAGGAGAGAA